AUGUCGCUGGAGCUCGAUUUCUCGCCCUCGGCGGACAACACUGACGGUCACCACGCGCAACCUGAAUCAUCCGCUGCUCUGCAAGCCCUCAAGCUGGAGUCAUCCAAUGACGGGAUGGGAACCAUUACGGCAGCAACCCAUGAUCUUGUAGAUGCGACCCAUUUUGGCGACUUUCAGUUCUCUUAUCAAGACGACUCACCGAUGGCUGGUCUAGCUCCACCAAACUUUGACGAUCACACUCCAGACGUGUUUGCGCAUUCCCAUCCACCUUCGGUAACCUCGAUGCAUGACCAACAGAACCAGGCCACCUCCAUCACUGUCCAGACCUCUUACAGUGACACCAAUGGCCGGCGGCAGGAGAGCAUGGACACAUCUGAGAAUGGCAGCCCCGACAGCAACCAGAACGCCGGCAAUUCCCUGGAGGAGCCAAUGUCGGACGAGUUUGGUCUUGCCACUGGAGGCUUGGGGGAUGGGACAGACAUGGGUGGAAAAUCAAAGGGUGAUAAGACAGAUGCGACACCAGCAUGGAGCGAGCUGAAGACGAAGGCGGGAAAGGAGCGCAAGAGAUUGCCCCUGGCCUGCAUCGCGUGUCGGCGCAAGAAGAUUAGAUGCUCGGGAGAGAAGCCAGCAUGCAAGCACUGUCUACGGUCUCGCAUUCCAUGUGUCUACAAGGUGACAGCGCGCAAGGCGGCGCCGAGGACUGAUUAUAUGGCCAUGCUGGAUAAGCGGUUGAAGAGAAUGGAGGAACGCAUCAUCAAAGUGGUGCCAAAAUCAGAGCAGGAUUCUAUGGCGGCGUCGGUGACCAGAGCGGUUGUCAAGCCGGCUAUUCCAGGGACUCUCACCAGCACCAAGGGCGCGGCGAAGAAGCGCGGUGCUGAUGAAGCUUUCGGACCAGACUUGGACAAUUGGGCUCGUGGCACAUCAAGAUCCAAGCUGGAUGGACCUCACAAGCCUUCAACGAUGCUGGUUCAGGAGGCGGAGGAAUCGAAGCUGUUGCUCGAGGGCGGCGAUGCUCUGCCAUCGAAGGAGAUCCAGGAGCACUUGGCCGAGGUGUUUUUUGAGAACAUUUAUGGCCAAGCUUAUCACAUCCUUCAUAAACCAAGCUUUAUGAGAAAGCUCAAGGCCGGCGCUUUACCUCCAGUGUUGAUCCUCUCGGUAUGCGCCAUUGCUGCACGCUUUUCCAACCACCCAAAGCUAGCCACGAACCCGAAUUUCCUUCGUGGAGAGGAAUGGGCUUCGACGGCCCGCGAUAUUCUCACCAAGCGAUACGAAUGGCCAAAUAUCACAAUUUUGACCUGUCUUCUGAUUCUGGGUCUGCACGAGUUCGGCACAUGCCAUGGUGGACGGAGUUGGUCUUUGGGAGGACAGGCCAUCCGGAUGGCUUUUGCGCUUCAGCUUCACAAGGAUCUCGAGCACGACCCCCUCCGGAUGACGGGAAAGACACAGCUGAGCUUUAUCGAUCGAGAAAUCCGGAGACGAACGAUGUGGGCGUGCUUCUUGAUGGACCGUUUCAACUCAUCAGGAACCGAUCGGCCAUGUUUCAUCAGAGAGGAAACCCUCAAGAUCCCACUGCCCAUCAAGGAAAAAAACUUUCAGUACGACAUGCCCGGGCCGACCGAGACGCUCAGUGGGCAAGUUCUAGAGCCCACGACCGAGGGUCAAGCGACCGAGGCCAAGGACAAUAUGGGCGUGGCAGCCUGGAUGAUCAAGGCCAUCGCUUUAUGGGGGCGCAUCAUCGGGUACCUCAACCAGGGCGGAAAGGAGUUAGAUCCUCACCCCAUGUGGAGUCCGGAAUCCGAAUACGCGAAACUACUCAAGCAGACCGAAGACUUUGAGCUGCCGGAGUCUUUGGCUUACACACCAGAAAACCUUCACUUGCAUGAGACAGACAACAUGGCCAACCAGUUUCUGUUUCUGCACAUCUCGGUCCAGCAAAACAUUCUGUUUAUGAACCGGUUCGCCGUCUCAUCGCCAAACGGUCAGUCACAACAGGACGUGCCGAAGGCGUUCGUCACCAAGGCAGGCGCAAAGGCAUUCGCCGCCGCGAACCGGAUAUCAGAACUACUCAAGGAUGCCGAGUCACAUUUCAUCACGGCACCCUUCACAGGAUACUGUGCCUUCUUGUCUAGCACAGUCCACAUCUUUGGCAUCUUCUCGGGCAACCCCUCGAUGGAGGCAACCUCGAAGCGCAACCUCGCCACCAACGUCAAGUUCCUCUCCAAGAUGAGACGGUACUGGGGCAUGUUCCACUGGAUGUCGGAAAACCUCCGCGAACAGUACCGCACCUGCGCCGACGCAGCCAGGCAAGGCAACCCAGCCCAGGAAAACGCCGCCUCGCCCAUAUUCCAAUACGGCGACUGGUUCGACCGUUAUCCUCACGGCGUCUCUCAGUCCGACUUCCUCGACCCGGCCACGUACAAGAAGAAGGAAAAGGGCGAGGACGCGGUGCUAGAACAGAAACCAGAACUGCACACAGUCGAAGAGUUUUUUACCACGCUCUCCCCGCAAAGUGGCGAACAUGCUGGUGGUCCGAAUGGCAUCUCCCGCCCCGGCCAGCACCUCAAACGGAAAUCCAUCGUUAGAAAGGCUUCCACUGCUGGCGGCUCCCAGCGAGGUGCCAACGACCAGGUUUUAUCACCGUUGCAAACCGACUUUGCCCGCGCCCAACAACAACAUCAUCAUCAUCAACAAGGCGCGGCUGAGCAGAUGCAUGCUGCUGCGAGGCUUCAUCAACGGUCUUUCUCUGCCAAUGCGGGUGUUGGUCCGCAGUCUAGUGGUCCCAGCCCGUUCAACCCCUUGACAAUAACGAACGCGUCGGCGUAUCAUGCCUUGUCGCCUGUCUCCCCGGUGGCGGUCUCGCAUUUGUCGCAUCAUCACCCUCAUCAUCCGCACAAUUCGUUCUUUCCGCCGGAUCCGUUUGCCUUGGGCGCGUUGGGGGCUCAUGGGCUGCCGGGGCUGGAUAGGCAGUUGGUGUUUGGGGCGUAUGGGAAUGGGGUUGAGCAUCAUCCUCUCGCGUCGGGUCUGGCGGGGUGGGCGGCGCAGGAUCAUGAUGGGACUGGGGGUGGGAGAGGGGGUGGUGGUGAUGGGGGAGGGGGGAGACAUCAUGGUGGUGGUGGUGGUGGUGGUGGUGGGAGGGGGGGGCAUACUGCUCAGCAGGACGCUGCGCUGCAUGCUGCUUUUGGGGCGGAGCCGAGUUCGGCCUGGUUUAUGCCUUUUAAUAUGGAGCCGCCUGAGAUUGGGGGGCCGGGGGAUGGGCUAGGGGGUGGGGUUUUGGGUGGGCAGGGGGGGGUGGGAGGGGGGAUGGAUGCGUUUGGGAGUAUGUUUGGGAUGGGGGGGAUGCAUCAUCAUUAG